CGUACAUGGAUUUCCAUGUUUGGGCCUGUCACGUUGGAUCUCUGGGUCCAAUCGGAUUUUAUGCUCCCAGCAGAGGCCUCUGAAUCAGAUCGAUAUAAGAUGGCGACCGCGGAACCGGAAACCACUUCAAAUCCCCAAAAUCCUGAAGAAGAAAAAACUGAAGAAGUCAGUCAAGAGAUUGUCAGUCCCGAAAGCUACAUUAAACAUCCACUACAGAACAGAUGGUCUCUUUGGUUCUUUAAAAAUGACAAAAGCAAAACCUGGCAGGCCAACCUCCGUCUCAUUUCCAAAUUCGACACGGUGGAAGAUUUCUGGGCGCUCUACAACCACAUUCAGCUCUCCAGCAAUCUAAUGUCUGGCUGCGACUACUCACUCUUCAAGGACGGCAUUGAGCCCAUGUGGGAGGACGAGAGGAACAAACGCGGAGGACGAUGGCUGAUCACGCUCAACAAACAGCAGCGCCGGGCCGACCUGGACCGCUUCUGGCUGGAAACGCUCCUGUGCCUGAUUGGAGAGGCCUUCGAUGACUACAGCGACGAGGUGUGCGGGGCGGUCGUCAACAUCCGGACGAAAGGCGACAAGAUAGCCGUGUGGACGACCGACUACGAGAACCGGGAGGCCGUGACCCAUAUAGGGAGGGUGUACAAGGAGCGAUUAGGGGUCCCGCAGAAGCUGACCAUCGGGUACCAGUCCCACGCGGACACGGCCACCAAGAGCGGCUCCACCACCAAGAACAAGUUCAUCGUCUGAGGGCCCCGGAGGCGCCCCCCCGAAAUCCGUACACUUUCACUUUUUUUUUUUUUUUAAACUUUUUUUUUUUUUUUUCCCGUUCGUUUUGUUUUCGAGAUGACCGCGUCACGCAAUCCACACCCAGGUUAAAACCAAAGCUGCUUCUUCUUCUUCAAAAACACAAAAAAGCAGAACGGACUGCGUUCGAUCGAAUCUGGAGAAAACUCUGAUCGCACGGUCACGCCGACUCGACCCUUCGGUCACACGAGCUCAUCCUUUCAGCAGUUCAACGCAACCACAGAAAAGUCAAAAGGAACUUGAAUUCUCACGCGUGUGCAAUUAAAUUUGCACAUUAACCUCACAAGAAAAAAGGAAACAAAAAAAAAAUUUGAUGUAACGAUGUCAAAUAAAAGAACCAUGUUUGUCUUUUAAAUCUUCUGUUGAUUAGUUAAAACGGCAGACGGCAGGAAAUUAAUUUUUGAAUCUUUUUCAAUUUGCUUUGUGCUUCUUCUCCGUACAGCAGCGCCAUUGCUGUAAUCCUUAAUACUAUUAAGCCUUUUAAUUUAUUUCAUUAAUUUUUUUGCCAGAAGAUUUAUAUAGCCUCCACCAUUUUGGUUGUUUUCAAAGCUUAGUUUGGUUUUGUUUUAGAGGGGUUUGGACUUUAUAAAGAAGUGUAAUCAAGCUAAUGUGAUUUGCUGUAGCUUCAUUUUUUCUCGAGUAUUAACAUAAUUAAAAUUGGUUUUGCAAUUCAAUAUAGUGUUUUUUUUCUUAAUGAUAUUGUGGAUUUUUUAUGUAACUUGUAAUUUUUACAUUCCUUGCUAUAAAUGGUAAGAUAUAUGGGGAAAAAAAGAACCUUUGUUUUAUGUUUGGCUGCCUUUUCAGACAUGUAUUCAUUUUGAAUAUAAUUUGCUUUAAUUGAAUGCCUCGAUUUGAAAGCCCCUUGUAUAAAGACGAAGAGGAAAAAAAGAACGUCUGUAAAUAAACAUGUACAUUGAACUGUC